AUGGGUGAGCCACAGCAAGUGAGUGCCCUUCCACCCCCUCCGAUGCAGUACAUCAAGGAGUAUACAGAUGAAAAUAUUCAGGAAGGCCUCGCUCCCAAGCCUCCACCUCCAAUAAAGGACAGUUACAUGAUGUUUGGCAACCAGUUCCAGUGUGAUGAUCUUAUCAUCCGCCCUUUAGAAAGUCAGGGUAUUGAACGACUUCAUCCUAUGCAGUUUGAUCACAAGAAAGAACUGAGAAAACUCAAUAUGUCUAUCCUUAUUAAUUUCUUAGACCUCUUAGAUAUCUUGAUAAGGAGCCCUGGGAGUAUAAAACGAGAAGAGAAGCUAGAAGAUCUUAAGCUGCUUUUUGUACAUGUACAUCAUCUCAUAAAUGAAUACCGACCCCACCAAGCAAGAGAGACCUUGAGAGUCAUGAUGGAGGUGCAGAAACGUCAACGUCUUGAGACAGCCGAGAGGUUUCAAAAGCAUCUCGAACGAGUCAUUGAGAUGAUUCAGAAUUGCUUGGCUUCUCUGCCUGAUGAUUUGCCUCAUUCGGAAGCAGGGAUGAGAGUAAAAACUGAACCAAUGGACGCUGAUGACAGCAACAAUUGUACUGGACAGAAUGAACAACAAAGAGAAAAUUCAGGUCAUAGGAGAGAUCAGAUUAUAGAGAAAGAUGCUGCCUUGUGUGUCCUGAUUGAUGAAAUGAAUGAAAGGCCGUGA